GAAAAAGCGAACGCAAUCGCAGGACGUGGAUAUGGAGGAUACGGUGGAGAAGAACGUCGAGGGUGUCGCUGAGAAGAUCAUUGCCGAGGACGAGCAGAGAAGGGCCCAGGAACUCGACGUGUUCAACAUUGCGCCGAAAAGACCCAACUGGGAUCUGAAGCGAGAGACAGACAAGAAGCUGGCAAAGUUGGAGAGAAAGACGCAGGAGGCGAUACAUACUUUGAUACGGCGGCGGUUGGCAGCUGAAAAGGGAGGAGGUCAGGAGGAUAUUGUUGGUGCUAUGAGGGCACAGGAAAAGGUGCAGCAGGCUGAUGAUUUGUCAGAUGAGGAGGAGGAGGAGAAGUAGUCAUUGUACUUUUGGAAAUAAAACACCGGACCGGUACUCCGACCUUAUCCACGAUGGCACCAACACCGUCUCCCGCCUGGGUGUAUCCCACCCUCUCCCUACGCAUUCCCGACCUCGCACACCCCGGCGUCCAUACAUUCCUCCAGCUCCUCGACCCGCACACCGCCCUAACUCUCGCCGUCGAAGCCACCCUGACGCAUCUCUACGACUCCUCUGCGAAUGCGCCGGUUGUCGGGAGCGUCGUCUUGGUGCUACGGAGCAUGGACGGCGUGGCGCACACGACGGGGAGCGAGACCCAUAAAGAGAUCCAUCUGAGUGUGGAUUACAUCGUGAAAAAGGGAGGGCCAGCGGAGGCGGUGCGGCACGAGAUUAUGGGUGUGUUGACGCACGAGAUGGUGCAUUGUUUUCAGUACAACGCGCGGGGGACGUGUCCUGGCGGGUUGGUCGAGGGUAUCG